GCCUUGUUAACCACUCCUUAACACUUUGACUAUCAUUAACUAAUCGGAAACCUGUGAUGCAAGUAUCAAGGCUACAAUCGCUGGCCCGCAAUGGCUUGCGGGCCGUCCUUAUGCCAGUACUAGAGACUAGUCCUUUAGUAGCCGAUCCAUUGGCGGCAGCUUCCUUGAGCCUGGCUCGCAGCGAGGGUGUUCCGAGCACAUCCGGCACGUCGGCUGGCUGCAACUGGCAAUCGACAGCCAGCUGCGGAGGCUUGAGCUGGGUGCAUGGACGUUGUAUCAGCACAACUUCUCCAGCAGCAGCAGCGGCUUCAAAAAAGGGCUCAGGCAAGCGGCAAUCAGCCCCUGGGGUGGAGGAGCAGGACCCUGGCUUAAUUAAAGUAAUCUUGCGCAAGGACAACCGAAGCCUGGGCCGGCGGGGCGACGUCGUGCUCGUCAAGCGCGGCCUCAUGCGGCACGAACUGUACCCCAAGGGGGAAGCCGCGUACGCGACGCCGGAGAACAUUGCUAAAUACGCUCUGACGAAGGCGGAGGCGGAGUCGCAGUCUGAGGACCAGGAGGGCGCCCUGGAGAAGCUGCUCAAGGCGCUGGACAGGAAGUCGGUGAUCGUCACGCGGCGCCCCCUGGGAGCCGACUCGGAGCACUUCGCCGACCCCGCCGUGUCGCCCCGACUGGUUCUGGAGGCGGUGGAGCGGCAGCUGGGCAUCCGCCUGCACAGCAGCCACCUGCUGCUGGACGGAAAGAUCGAUUCGUACGGCACUUACAAGGUGCCGCUGAACCUGCGCCUCACCA